AUGAUUAGUGGCAAGCUACUCGAUUGCGUUGACUAUGUUGAAGAGUUUGGGGCUAUUGGGCCGCCCGUCAGUCGACUACCUCUGUGCCAGUCUCUGCAAGAGCGUGCUCUGAAGCUAUCGACACCGCCGUCGUGCAGAGACCACAAGAUGGCACAGGCCCUCAACAUUGAGGGCAUCGACAGCUCCAUCGUCUUGCUAGUGGCAGGCUCUGGUCUCGCGGAGCCGGGUGUCGACAUCCUGGUGCAGCAGCGGUGGGAGCUAACCACUUUUGAGAGCGAGGCAAAAGAGAGGAUCCGACGUGUUGGAUUCGUUUUGUUCCGCGAGCCACCAACUACGCCUAACCGCCCCAGACUGUAG